GAAGGCGAAAUCAGUGCAGCGGUUUAGUUCUUAUCGACAGUUCUUACACGACAGUUGGGAAGCGACGUCAUUCUGAAUAGAGUGUGUAUAAAAAGCUAUAAAAAGUUGCGAUAUGGCCACUAAUAAGCAUCCGUAUGUUGGCAUAGCUGAAUUGCCAGGCGAAAUGAGCAAUGCGUCGGCACCGCCACCAGCCUACAUGCAAACUGACUAUGUACCUUUUGCGCAGCCGAGCAAUAGCGGUGUACAGAUGACAAGUGAGCCUCAGAUGCCUAACUUUUCGAUAAUACUCAUGAAUCCAAAUCCGCCGGUGGGGCCAGAAUCUAGCCAAAUACGGUGUCCACAAUGUAAAUGCACCGUGAAGACGACUGUUAGACAUCGUUCGACCGCAAAAACUCAUUUGGCUUGUAUACUGCUUUCGUGGACUUGGUAAGGGUCUUAUUGAAAUAUUUACGCUUAUA